AUGUGGCAGGAGACUGGGCAGAUCUUCAACUCACCCAGCGCCUGGGCCACCCACUGCAAGAAGCUGGUAAACCCUGCCAAGAAGUCGGGCUGUGGCUGGGCCUCUGUCAAGUACAAAGGCCAGAAACUGGACAAGUACAAGGCCACCUGGCUCCGGCUGCACCAGCUGCACACGCCUGCCACUGCUGCUGACGAGUUUCUCCUCCCAGAGGCCACAACCCCAGGGAAGCGGGUGGACAGCAAGAUCCGGGUCCCGGUCCGCUACUGCAUGCUGGGCAGCCGCGACUCGGCCAGGAACCCCCAUACCCUGGUGGAAGUAACAUCCUUUGCAGCCAUCAACAAGUUCCAGCCGUUCAAUGUGGCUGUUUCCAGCAACGUGCUGUUCCUGCUGGACUUCCACAGCCACCUGACGCGGAGUGAGGUCGUGGGUUACCUGGGGGGCCGCUGGGACAUCAACAGUCAGAUGCUGACGGUGCUCAGAGCCUUCCCUUGUCGGAGUCGGCUUGGGGAUGCAGAGACUGCAGCUGCCAUCGAAGAGGAGGUCUACCAGAGCCUGUUCCUGCGGGGCCUGUCCCUGGUGGGCUGGUACCACAGCCACCCGCACAGCCCGGCGCUGCCGUCUCUGCAAGACAUCGAUGCACAGAUGGACUACCAGCUGCGGCUGCAGGGCUCCAGCAACGGCUUCCAGCCCUGCCUCGCCCUGCUCUGCUCCCCUUACUACUCUGGCAACCCAGGCCCCGAGUCCAAGAUCUCACCUUUCUGGGUGAUGCCUCCUCCUGAGCAAAGGCCCAGUGACUAUGGCAUCCCCAUGGACGUGGAGAUGGCCUACGUCCAGGACAGCUUCCUGACCAAUGACAUCCUUCACGAGAUGAUGCUGCUGGUGGAGUUCUACAAGGGUGCCCCUGACCUCGUGAGGCUCCAGGAACCCUGGAGCCAGGAGCACACCUACCUCGACAAGCUUAAGAUCUCCUUGGCCAGCAGGACGCCCAAGGACCAGAGCUUGUGCCACGUUCUGGAGCAGGUGUGCGGCAUCCUUAAGCAGGGGAGCUGAGCCUCCCAGGGCAGGGUGGGCUCCAGUUGUCUGGAGGGUCCGGAUGGGCUCAGGUAAUAAAGAAAUGGAAGCAGCAGCCAGCC